AUGAACGCACCCAGCCAGUCUUCCUCCUCCUCUUCUUCUACACAACAGUCGCCCGCCGCGUCCAUGGCGCCACCACCCGCCCCCUUGGCCGGCCAGGCACCAUCAACCGACGCCUUCCUCCGCGACUUCACCCUCAUCGCCGAGGCUGCGAAGCGAGCGCAAAUGGCCGUCAUGAUGCGCGACUUUGAGAGCGUCGGCCUGUCCUGA